ACUGAUCUAUACACUUAGUUCAAGGGACAAUUAGGGGUGGACAAGAAGUUGUAGUCUUUGCCAGCGACACCAAUGUCCCAAGAAAUAAUUUCUAAAACUUGCUUGAAACAAAUGCUGGAAUAUUUCCAGAUUUAUUUCAGUAUUUUGCUUUCACAGUUUUGAAAGUCCCAUGAUUUCUUUCAUAGUUCCAGAGUUUGCUGUACACAGUGUGUGUUAUAUCUGUGUGUGGAUGACUUUGACCUUAACUUUGGUCUCACUAUCCCUGUAGCUUGCCAAUAUGAGCUACCACGCAGAGUAUCAAGAAGUCUUAUAGAUUGAAAUGCUUGGGACCUAAACAUUAACCUGGUCACAAAUGUUUCUGAGGCCAGGAAUAGAAUAACAGUUGUACUUUUCCUUUCAUGAGGUGAAAAGUCAGAAUUUUUUCCACAAGUGAUUUAUACCAAGGAUUAAUGAGAAAGCAAAGUUGCAUUUAAUCCAAGAGUCUCUCUCGAAUGUACCGGAAGUGGGUUUUGUAUUUUUGAAAAGUGUGUCACGUUCUACUCACAAGGGUUAAAUGGUUAUUGAAACUGCGCCUAUGGCAGAGUACACGGAAGUAUUUUGGCAAGUGAACCUUGAUUGUCAAGUUCUGAAGCGGGGGGGAGCACUAUCACUUAUACACCUGUACAAGGUCUCUCGCUCUCUCUCUCUCUCACACACACACAUAUAUAUAUACAUACAUACAUACAUAUAUACUCACUCACUCACUGACAAAGCUAAUCCUUUGUGACAAGCUGCAGCUCCGGCUCACAGUCUCAGUAACCGGAGAAUAUUUGUCAGUCAGUAACAAACUCUAAGCGUUGAUUAGGAUGGCUUCUGACGAGAACGUUAAAGAUCUGAUUUUUGAAGGAUAUUUGAAAAAGCGAAAAGAUAAGAUGAAGUUUGCUUGGGCAAAAUACUGGUUUAGGCUCCAAAACACCACUCUGUUUUUUUACACUGAAAGGAAUUGUGAAGCAUGUCACCUCCGGGGCCAAUACUACAUCCACACGGUUCAGUCUGUGAGAGAAGUCAAAGCCACCAACCGCGAGUAUUCCUUUGAGAUAGUUAUGAAAAACGGGAAAAGGAAAUUGCUGGCUGCAGAAAGUUCAGACUUGCGUGCUGUUUGGAUGGAGUUCCUGUGGAAGGCCAUGCAGCUUCCCGGACCAGGGAAGAAGAAUUCAGCGUGUACCUGGCAUGACAUCCCCUGCCUUAUUGAACGAGCAGCUUCUCUUUGCGAGGACACAGACAAACUACAGGUUCCGUCGAGGCUGUUCAGGUCCUCAGACCCACUGAGUCAUGACUUCAUCUCAGCCACCGCACAUCUCCACAAAUCUCCAGCUGCCCCUCCGGAAACUCUGCUGAAGAAGUGUUCAGACAUUUUUGAUGAACCUUACUAUGUGAACUCUAGUAGUGUAACAUUGUCCAGUACCGGGGAGGAGGAUGUGGAUUAUGAAACCAUACACUUCUCCAAAGAUGUCACAUGUAACCAGCUCCCAAAUAAAGGGGAGUUGAAGACAGACGUUGCUCGGAGUCCACGGUCUGAGGUUCCUGACAAAGUGAAUUGUCAGAGUGGGAUUUAUGAUGUUCCUAAAUCCUUUGCGAAGUUAAAGAUUGACUCCAAUGUUCAAUCUUACACCGAUAAACCAGUCACCUCCAGCUCCAAUACAGGACUGUUGGAUGAAGUAAUUUCAGACUGCAGGAUUUUGACAUGCCACUGGCUGGACUCCAUUGAGACACCCCAAUGAGUGCAGGAUACAUUUGGAAACUCCUGUAUCUGUCACAAUGAAUUCAUCUAUUCCAACCUAAUACCAAUUCCAGACUGGAGAGACAAAAGGAGUUCCUACAAGAAACAAACGAAACAGCACAAAAGUACCUUCCACCUUAUUUGAUUGUGUAACCAAGGAGGAGGAACACACAGUCGUGCAUCAUUUUUAUUGUCUUUAUUACAUGCUGAAAAUAUCACCUAGGUAACUACGUUGUGUACAAAGUCACUCAAGCACGCAUGGAAUAUGUUGUAAAUCAGUAAUAUUCAAGGAAAUAAUGUUUCACACAAUUUGAGAGAGCCUCUGUUUCGACAAUUGCUAAACUGCAAGUGUUCAUGGCACAUUUGAAUUUGUUGUAUAAUAUUAAUUUGCCCAGUAUAAUGUUAAAACACUUGAGAAAAUACAUUUAUAUUAAUGGUGAACCUCCUCUUUAUGUGGUGGAGCUUGUUAUUCAGUAAUCCCAUGCCAGAAGGUAACAUUUUGAACAAAAGUAAAUUGGAACUCUGUGUCUGCUUUAUACAACUGACCAUAAAAUUCAGACUAUUAGUUGCAUCUGUGCAUACACUGCUUCCUGUUUAAGUUAGGCCAGAGUACAUGUUGCUGCUUUUUAUAAUUUACAGCAGUUGGCAGAAUUCAGUGAUACACAGGAUUCUCUUAUGAAAUUUUGACCAAUUUUCUUCCAACCACUCCUAAAGGUGCUGGUCCCUGUCUCAGGAUUGUUCUAUCUUGCUAUUCCUCAUCCAAGUAACCACUCUUCAUGCUUAUUCCUAGACAAUGGGUCAGGUAUUUGGCCAUGAGGGCAUCACAGACACUGGCCUGCACCUGUA